AUGCUGAAAAACAAGAUGACUUCUUGUAACGAGUUUUUUAAUCGUCUCCGAAAGCUUGCUUUCUCGGUGGAUAGGGAGACUAACGGAUUAAAAGAGGCCUUAGAGAAUUCUGAAGUAUCUACCUAUGAUGAAAAUCGAGCCUGUCUGUUACUACGUGAAACUUUAGCGGAAGUUAAGGAUCUGAAGAAAGAAAUUAACGCUAAAAUUGAAGAUUCACACCAGCAAUGUACAUUUGAAGAGUUCAUCUCAGCCUGUUCAAGGAUCGUAAGUCAGACGAAAGAACAGAUAAAUGAACUUGAGGAUCACUUGGUGAAAUAUGGAUAUACCAAAUCCAUGGGAAAUUUACCUGAUCUGACCAAAGUUGGCACAAGUCUUCCUGGAGGCAAUGGAAGUGUUGCUAUGGAUACUGCUGUAAGCUCUGAGCAAUCUGAUAGUGGAGAUGAUGUGACAUUUGAGAAAACUUCAGAUACUGAGGAGAGUAUUCCCAUGGAAACAAACCAGCCUGAUCAGAUCAGUAGCAAAGAUAAUGUUGAAGAUAUUCUUAAAACUCCUGAACCACCAGUGACGUUCACCAAAAUGAUUGAGGUCACUCCACAAAGAUCACAUGAUACCAAGGAUAAAGUACUAACAGAUACAGAAAUGAUUUCCUGUUCAACACCUGAAGCUCCACAAACCAACACACCCAUGAUAAAACCAAGACUAUUGGUUGAAUCCACAGAAUCUCCAAUCAGCAUCAAUUCAACACCACAGGGUUUCCUUGUCCCACCACAGCCUGUCACAGUCACGCCAAUGCUUAAGCACACGGACCUUGUGGCAGUAACUCCACCUGGUUUGUCAAAGGGACAAGAAUAUCCAGAUCUACCAGCCCCACCUAUCAUGGGUACUCCAGGAUUCAAGACAAUUGUGCCCACAGGAAAGGAAUCUCCUGUUGUUGGGCUUGAAUUGUCCUUUAGUUUGGAUAGUCUCCCACCUCCCCCUGACAUUACAUCUGUUCAGCUCCUGAAGCCAGAUGACAUAGCAGCUCCUAUUCAAAGCAACCAUUUGGCUGUAUUUGUACAGCCUCUUAGUGAACAAGAGUACAGUUCCUUACCAGUGUACGUAGCCAAUCAGUUUACCUUAGAAUGCAUCAAUCAGCAUCUCCAUACAAUAAAUGGAUUUUUGGCCGGUGGCAAUCAAGUGCAACAUGAACCUGUCAUGGUUGAACAGGAUCUUAGAGAUUUGUUAAACUUGGGAGCAGCUACCAAGGCAUUCAUGUUGGUGUUGGUGAAAACAGGAAGGUUAAAGCUCACAGGGAAGAAGAUCAUGUUUGUGCACUCUGCAUAGAUCAGAUUUAAGAACUAAAUUAUAGCCCUUAUGCCUUUUCCUUAAGAAUGGCUGAGAAAAGCUCAUGUAAAGAUACUGACUGGAAAGUUUUUUAACCAGGAACGUAUCCCACAGCACUUGGAUCAAAAGAGUAACCACCAGAAAUCAACAAUAAAUGUAUAAAUAACUUUAUUUAAUGAGGGUGAACACUCUACAGUCAUUAACUUACAGACUUGUAGCCCUCCCUAGAUUACAUGAAUUGAUAAGAAAGUGGCUGGGCUUGAAGAAAAAUGUAAUGCAAACAAAGCUUAG